AUGAUUCCUCACAGAAGUACAGCUUUGCUGUCGAUCAUUGUUUUUGUUGCGCUUUUGCUUUUCAUUUUCUCGUCCUCCCCGGUCCCUGAUGCAGCUGCAGAAGAAGUUACAGGCCCAGCCAAGUUUGUGCCCAGGCCCAAGCUACCAUCUUUAGCCAACCUCCACCUGCCUUCGUUCCGUCCCCCAUCUCAUGAGCAGCCCGAGGAACAGAACAAUAGUACCCACGGCGAGUCAAAAUGGUACAGCACAUUGGAAUGGUUAAACCCAUUCUCCUCUUCCAUCACGUUGGAUGAGAACCGCUCCGUCCUGCCCCCUCUUGUCGAGCGCCGACCGAUCUAUACCUAUUACAAUGCGAAAUACAAUCCCAAUAAAGCCAGUGGCAAAGAACUCAAGGACCUACAGAACGCUGACGCGGAAUUGCUUCUCGCGUGGCGUCGGGCAUGGUUCGCGCAGGGGUUCAAACCCGUUGUGUUGACUCCUGGGGAUGCGAUGUUGAACCCGAACUACGAGAUCGUUCAAAAGUUGAAGCUCUCUCCUAAAACGGAGAACGAGGUCUUCGGUUGGCUCGCGUGGGGGCACAUGGGCACCGGCUUACUUUCGGACUUCCACUGCUUCCCCAUGGCGCGCUACGAUGAUCCUAUGCUAUCGUACCUUCGCCGAGGAAGUGUGCCGGAGGCAAUCACCCGAUUCGAAAACCUCCAGAAUGCCCUCUACGCGGCAGACAAGUCGCGAAUUGAUGCUGCCGUGCAAAGCGCAGUCUUAAAACUCGAGGAUAAGACCGCGUCAUUUGUGGAUCUCAUUGAUGCAGCAGCAUUCAAGGUUGAGCCAUCCAAAGCUCUGGCUUUCUAUAAAUCUGCAGCAGUCACUUCCCACUACCCCAUCGUGCAUGAGAAGAUGAGCCAGAACCCUGCGGCUGGUCAGCUGGCCCUGGUCCAGCUAAUCAACUCUCACUUGCACAAUCACUUCCAGACCGCUUUCCCCGCUGGAUUGGCUGUGUUGAAACCUUUCCCUCAACACACCACCGCUCUGGUCGAGCCUGCGCUUCGGUUGGCAAAGGCCCUCAUCCAGUGCCCUGAGUCGCCAAUGGCUGACUCUUGUCCACCAAAUGAAUCGGAAUGUCGCCCAUGUGGGUCUGCAAAGUCACCAAUGCGUAUCAGCCAGCCUUCAACGUACAAAAACACAACCUUCCUUUUCACUAUUGGCACACUUCCUCAUCCUUACACUCUUGUCAGCCUCCAGAAAAACUCAGAGGAGAUUACUACGCCUCAAAUCCGCCGCGAAACUGAGCGUGAUGCAUGGCUCUCGGAAGUGACCAAGGACGAUCUUGGUCCCGAAUUAGGUUCUUCAUACCGCGGAGUGAUCUUCAAGCAGGUUGUCGCAGGUGAAGAUGCCGUCGGUACUUCUCUCUGGAUGACCGUGGAGUCUCUUCCCGCAGCAGCAGGCCAGACUCUCCCAUCCGAACUAUUGGAUGAGUUCGAAUGGCAGUUUGGCUUCAAGAUCCCUCGUGGAGGCAAGAUUGAUCCCGCAACUGAGAACGACAAGAACUCCGCCAAGAGCGCUCAAGAUCACACCCCCAGUGAACAAGGAGUUGGAAAGGAGUAUGAGUUAAUACAGAAGGCUCGUGAGGUAAUCAAGGACAAGUCCACCAACCGUAUCAACAUCAGGGAUGUUGUUGAGGCUUGGAACCUUGCCGACACAGAAGUUUGGCGCUUUGUCAAAGCCUAUCGGGCCCGAAGUGUUGUUGAGCGCCAGAAGUGGGAAGAUGAAGAGAAACCAUUUGCUGGUUCAAGGUCAUGA